GCUCACUCUGGAGAGUAGUCAUGGAUCAACUGAAGAUUCUGUUUGCUGUUGUUUUGUCUCUGGCCACGGCUUCAGCAGCCACACUUGGUGUGGUUCAAACAGAAGGGGGCAGUGUUCAGGGACAAAACAUCCCCCUGGGCCUGUUCCGCUCUGUCGAUGUUUUCAAAGGAAUCCCCUUCGCUGCCAAGCCGGAAAUGCUCGAGAAGCCCCAACCUCACCCUGGCUGGAGUGGCAUACUGAAGGCAAUAAAGUUUGCUCCAAGAUGUAUGCAGAUGAACAUGCUUCAGACCUCCAGUUUUGGCAGCGAGGACUGCCUCUACCUCAACAUCUGGGUUCCUCAGGGCAGACAGGUGUCAUCAGAUCUCCCAGUCAUGAUCUGGUUCUAUGGAGGGGGCUUCAUGAGUGGUGGUUCCAUGGGGCCAAAUUUCCUGAACAACUACCUGUACAGCGGUCAGGAGAUCGCAGACAGAGGCAAUGUUAUUGUGGUGUCUGUUGGCUACCGUGUGGGAACGCUGGGCUUCCUCAGCACUGGGGACUCUGAUUUACCAGGAAACUUUGGUUUGUGGGACCAGCAUGCUGCCAUCACCUGGGUGCACAGGAACAUCCGCUCGUUUGGAGGAGACCCUGAAAACAUCACCCUGUUUGGAGAGUCUGCAGGUGGAGCUAGUGUCAGCUUCCAGAGUCUCUCCCCUCACAACAAAGGCCUGGUGAGGAGAGCCAUCUCUCAGAGCGGUGUUGCUGUUUGUCCAUGGGCCAUGAGCAAGAACCCACGCAAGGUUGCUCUGGAGGUUGCUGAGAAGGUCGGCUGUCCCACUGAUGAGCGUAUGGUGGCCUGCCUGAAAUCUAUUGAUGCCAAGACACUCACCAUGGCUGCUGCAGGAGUUGAGCAAGGAUCUCCAGAUUAUCCUGUUGUGCUGAACCUGCUUCUGUCUCCUGUUGUUGAUGGCGACUUCCUCCCCGAUCACCCCGCCAACCUGUUCCAAAACGCAGCUGACAUCGACUACAUCGUAGGAGUGAAUAACAUGGAUGGGCAUCAUUUCACCGUACAGGACAUUCCCUCCCUGGGUAACAAGACUAAAGAAACUCCAGUAGAAGAUCUAAAGAGACUCCUUGCUUCUUACUCUAAAGAGUUUGGAAAAGACAGUACAGAUGUUGCCUUCGCUGAGUACUCAUCAGACUGGGAAUCAUCACCCAGCCAGGACACCAUCAAGAGGACUGGUGUGGACAUUGGGACUGACUACAUCUUCCUGGUUCCUGCACAGAUAGCCCUCUACCUGCACGCUGAAAACGCCAAGUCUGGCUGUACCUUCUCCUACCUGCUGUCUGAGCCCAGUAUGCUGGCUGGACCCGACAAACCGUACCACGACUGGGUGGGAUCUGACCACGCUGAUGACCUGCAGUUUGUGUUUGGAAAACCUUUCACCACACCGAAGGCUUAUGGGGACAGACACAGAGACCUGUCUGCUUACAUGAUCGCCUACUGGACUAACUUUGCAAGAACUGGGGAUCCAAACCAAGGAAACCUGAAGGUGCCUGCUGUCUGGCCUGAAUUUACCCUCCCUGGACAGCCAUUCCUGGACAUCCAUGGAAAGAUGAACGAGAGCUCCAUUGGACAGGAAAUGAGGCUUCGUUUUGUUCGUCUCUGGACCAGCGUCCUCCCCAGCCUUCCCACAGAUGUGUAACACAAGCUCAGUGAUGUGUUUUUGGAUUAGAAAUUAUCUUCUGAAAAAAUGCCUGUAUUAAAAAAA